AUGGCUGGGGAGUUUGGGCACAUCCAGUUGGGCACCUGCGUGGAGAACAAGCGCAGCAACGGGCACAUCCACCCAGCACUGGUGACGGAGCUCCAUGAAACCACUUCCAGCAUCACUGUGAAGUGGCUCGAGAAAGGGGCCAACAAGAGCAAGCAGGUGGAUCUCCAGCUCAGCUUUGCCCUUAACCCUCACCUGGCCCCAAGGAGCACAUCCACGACCCGCAUUGAGGCCUCACGGUCAGCAAAAGGGGGCCAGAGCCUGGUAAGUGAAUGGCUGUCACAGCCUACCAAAGUGAAGAAGCCGUCUGGGGACAGCAGGAGCCCCGUGGCUGCCCGGCCUGGCUCCAGGGGCUGCAGACCCAGGCGGACAUCACCAUGUGUGCGGCGGAUAAAAAGGCAGCGGGAACGCUGGCGGCUGGAGACGUGGGAGCAGCAAGCCCAGCAGGCCACUGCUUCACUCCACACCAGGACUGAUGUGGUGGCCAUGAUCCAGAAGUGCCACAGCCACCUGGACUGCGAGGCACGGCGGGCCACCGCACCAUGCCAGUCGCAUCACAUCUGCAUGUGCGUUUGGAAGCGGCCGCUGAACCAAGAGGAGGCUGAGCUCAACGACUUCGAUGUAGUGACAGUGCCCUGCCAGGAUAGGGUGAUGGUGCAUGAAGCUAAGCAGAAGCUGGACCUCAUAUGGUACCUAGACAACCAGGUCUUCCGCUUUGACCAUGCCUUCGAUGAUAGUGCCACCCAUGAGCUCGUGGACACUGCCCAGCCCGUGGUAGAGACCACCUUCCAGGGGAGCAUGGCUACCUGCUUUGCCUAUGGCCAGACAGGCAGCGGCAAGACACACACCAUGAGGGGAAGUUUCUCUGUCAAGAACUCUGUGCCCUCCAAAGGGAUCUACAUCCUGGUCGUCAAGGAUGUCUUCUGCAGGCUGCAGGACCCCAGCUGCCAGAACCUGGAGCUUCAAGUCUAUGGGGCCUUCUUUGAGAUUUUUGGGAGGAAAGUGUUCGACAUUCUGAACUGGAAGAAGCAGCUGAGAGUGCUGGAAGAUGGCAAACAGCAGAUCCAAGUGGUGGGGCUAUGGGAGGAAGAAAUCACCAGCGUGGAAGAUGUCAUCAAGCUAAUUGAAACGGGUAGCAAGUGUCGCAUGUCAGGCGAGACCUCUGCCAACACUCACUCCUCCCGGAGCCAUGCCAUCUUCCAGAUCAUACUCAAGAAGAGAGAGCAUUUGUAUGCCAAGUCUUCCCUGAUUGAUUUGGCUGGGAAUGAGCGAGGAGCUGACAUCUCCACUGCAGACAGGCAAACGAGGCUGGAGGGGGCUGAUACUAAUAAAAGCCUCUUGGCACUCAAGGAGUGUAUCAGGGCAUUGGGGCAUAAUAGAGCCCACACCCCAGUCAGGGCUAGCAGACUCAGGAGCCUGAGGGACUCAUUUAUAGGGGAAAACUCCUGUGCUUGCAUGAUUGCCACUGUCUCUCCAGGAAUGAGAUCCUGCAAGCACACCCUUAACACCCUACAGUAUUUCAACCGUGUGAAGGAGCUGGUGGUGACUUUCAAUUCCCCUGGACAACCCUGUCAGGAGGUGUUCAGGACAGCUGAGUUACAGCUAUGCGGGGUUCAGGCAGACAAGGACGUCUCGCCCCAGUUAUUUACUUUCAGUGCUGGAGGGAAAACACAGAAGAGGAGAAAAGAGGUGGAUGAGAAAACACUUAUGGAGGAGCAUUGGGAAUCUCUGUGACGGUUGAAAGUAUUCCUAGAAGUGGCUGGGGAAAUAGACUAUAAUGUAGAUUUUUACACUGCACAGUUUGAAUCAGUCCUGGGUCAAAAAAUUGUUGAGAUCCAAGAAAAAAUCAGAUUAUUUCGGUCAGUUCUUUGCAAGGAAGAACAGGGCAGCAACCAGAGCUGCACGAAGAGAUCCCGUAUACUGUAA